CCCCAACAACCAUGCCGUCCAACUUCUUCCUGCAGGACCAAGAACCAAGUCAGGCACUUGACCCAGGAGAACAUUCAGAUACUCCAAUGGACAAAUCUGAGCUGGGAGAGGAUAUUGGUCCUUACACUCCAAGUGCCCCCACAAGUCUAGACGACACAGCAGAACAGAGUCAGGAGACAACACCCACCAGCGCUAACCCUCAAGUGACACCAAUAUCGAGGUUUGGUCUGCGCAAAAGAACAAGAACAAGAACACGGUUGUCCGAGGGUUCCUUUAGUGACUUUACUAGAAACAUUAUGUCCUGUAUUUCAAACCAGUACAUUAGAUGUAGUAGCUUCAAAUCGGACAGCCUUGAUCUGUAUGAGCUUGAGUAA